GAGAGAGGGAGGUACCCUGAGACGGCUCUCUCUCUAGUUCUUUCUCUGUGUGUGUGCUUUUUCACAAAAAAAGACUGAACUGGGGCUGAAACUGAAACAGGGCAAGACUCGUAAAAGGAGUGCAGUCUCUUACUCUCCUGCAUUCUCACAGUUUCCUGUUCAAGGAGGCCAUUUUGUAACUCAGCCUGGAGAAGAGGCACUAGAAAGUUUGUCAUUGUUUAUGUUUGUUCUCUCCCACAGCCGGGAGUUUCACAAUUAAGUUUGGACUUUCUCCCCUGCAGAGCAACUUCUUCGGACGAGAGAGGGGAAGGAGGGAAAAAGGUGGAUGAGUUCACGAGUCUUUCACACACACAUUGCUCAUGCUUGCUUGUCAUGCCGGGACAAUAACAGGAGUCUGAAGGUGAGAGAGCACGAAAGAAGUGGCAGAAAGGAGGAAAAAAAACACAACUUCCUGGAUAAGGGUUUCUUCCUUGAUCCACUGGGAGGGGGUGGACACAGGACACAGAGGAACCGGGACUCUCUGCUCUGCUCUGCUUUGCUGUGUGUGUGUGUGUGAGAGUGUGUGUGUGUGUGUGUGUGUACCCCUCUCUCCUCCACUGAGACAGUUCCCAUGAUUGUGGAUUUUCUGAGAACUGUAGACUGCACCUGGCCGUGUGUUUGUGAGUGUGUAUGUUGCCAGCCACAGGCAGCUAACAACCAGGACUCUAAAUGGCUAACGCUAGCCCUUGUAUGUCCUUAGGGGCCAUGACCCAGGUCUUCUUUCCUCCUGGGGGCUCCUCACCACCAAGCUCGGCUGUGAUCCAGCAGGGGAUUCCCAUUUCCAUGCCCUCUAUGCCCGCUCAGGGUGCUUUUCCUAUGAUGGACCUGGUACUCGGGCAGGGUCCUGGUGGGGCUGUGAUACCUUCACUGCCCCCCACUCCAGCAGGGGUCUCCUUCAUCAUCCAGAUAGGCCUGACCAGAGAAUCUGUCCUGUUGCCCCUGAGUGCUGACCUGGCCUAUGUGAAACAAAUCGCCUGCUCCAUUGUUGACACCAAGUUCCCAGAGUGCGGCUUCUAUGGCAUUUAUGACAAGAUUUUGCUGUUCAAGCAUGACACGACUACCAACAACAUCCUGCAACUGGUUAAAGCUACCAGUGACAUUCAGGAGGGAGAUCUGGUGGAGGUGGUGCUCUCUGCGGCAGCCACGUUUGAAGAUUUCCAAAUUCGGCCUCAUGCACUCAACGUGCACUCAUACCGGGCCCCAGCCUUCUGUGAUCACUGUGGAGAGAUGCUGUUCGGACUGGUCAGACAAGGGCUCAAGUGUGACGGAUGUGGACUAAACUACCACAAGCGCUGUGCAUUCAACAUCCCAAACAACUGCAGUGGAGCUCGGAAACGGCGUCUGUCCACCACCUCGCUGAGCAGCAGCCAGUCCCUGCGUCUCUCCACCACUGACUCAGUGUACAGUGUAGGGACAGCCUCCACGUGCACAGAGGACGCCAGCCUCAUCCGCUCACACACACAAAUGCCACGGACUCCAAGUGACGCCCGGCGCUUCUACACGGGCCGACCAGUUCAUUUGGACAAGAUCCUGAUGAGCAAGGUGAAGGUGCCCCACACGUUUGCUGUCCACUCAUACACACGACCGACGGUGUGCCAGUACUGCAAGCGGCUUCUCCGAGGACUGUUUAGGCAGGGCCUACAGUGCAAGGAUUGCAAGUUUAACUGCCACAAACGCUGUGUGUACAAGGUUCCUAAUGACUGCCUCGGGGAGACCAUUGGAGACAACAGAAGUAACAGCGACAUGUUGAGUCCCAGUGCUGACCCUGAGGUGCCCAUGGACUACAGCAGUGACUACGAUGCUUCCGACAAGUCUUCAAUGGAUGACUCAGACGAGGCCUGCAGUAUCCCUGGGUCCUUUUCUCCUGACAACAACCAGGACGGAACCAGCGGAGACCAGAGUGUUUACAUCCCUUUAAUGAGGGUGGUGCAGUCGGUAAGACAGACAACCCGUCGAUCCAGUACGGCUAUCAAGGAAGGAUGGGUGGUUCACUACAGCAAUAAGGACACACUGAGGAAAAGGCACUACUGGCGUCUGGACUGUAAGUGCAUUAUCCUUUUCCAGAACAACACCACCAACAAAUACUACAAGGAUAUCCCUCUGUCUGAGAUCCUGGAGGUGCGCCCUGCUAGCAACUUCACUCUCGUCCCCCCAGGCACAAAUCCUCACUGCUUCGAGCUUAUCACGGGCACUAUGUGCUACUUUGUAGGGGAGGACCCCAACACUCUCCCCCCUCUUUCCCCCAGCAACCCCCAGACUCUCCCCCCGACCCCUCCCUCCCCCAGCCAAGUAGCUCCCAACAGCGGCAUUGGGCGUGAGGUGGCCAAGGCUUGGGAGAGCGCCAUUCGCCAGGCCCUCAUGCCAGUCAUCUUUCAGGACGCACCACCAGCUGAGGGGAACACAACUCACAGACAAGCUUCAAUCAGCAUAUCUGUGUCCAACAGUCAAAUCCAAGAGAAUGUGGAUAUUGGUACAGUGUACCAGAUAUUUGCUGAUGAAGUGCUGGGAUCUGGGCAAUUUGGAGUUGUGUAUGGAGGAAAGCACAGGAAGACUGGGAGGGACGUUGCUGUCAAAGUCAUUGACAAGCUUCGCUUUCCCACCAAGCAGGAGAGCCAGCUGAGGAACGAGGUGGCCAUACUGCAGAGUUUACGUCACCUGGGCAUUGUGAACCUGGAGUGUAUGUUUGAGACCCCAGAGAAAGUGUUUGUGGUGAUGGAGAAGCUACAUGGUGACAUGCUGGAGAUGAUUCUGUCCAGUGAGAAAGGCAGAUUGCCUGAGAGGCUCACUAAGUUCCUCAUCACACAGAUUCUUGCAGCUCUGAGACAUCUACACUUUAAGAACAUAGUUCACUGUGAUCUGAAACCUGAGAAUGUGCUGCUUGCUUCUGCGGAUCCCUUUCCCCAGGUGAAGUUGUGUGACUUUGGUUUUGCCCGUAUCAUCGGCGAGAAGUCUUUCCGUCGCUCGGUGGUCGGCACUCCGGCCUACCUGGCCCCGGAGGUUCUGCUGAACCAGGGCUACAACCGCUCCCUGGACAUGUGGUCGGUCGGUGUCAUCAUGUAUGUCAGCCUGAGUGGGACAUUCCCCUUUAAUGAGGACGAAGAUAUCAACGACCAGAUCCACAACGCAGCCUUCAUGUACCCUCCCAACCCCUGGAAACAGAUCUCCAGUGAUGCAACCGACUUGAUCAACAACCUGCUGCAAGUGAAGAUGAGGAAACGCUACAGCGUGGACAAGAGUCUCAGCCAUGUUUACCUACAGGACUAUCAGACGUGGUUGGAUCUGCGGGAGCUGGAGACUAAACUCGGUGGCCGUUACAUAACCCAUGAGAGUGAUGACAGCCGCUGGCAAAUGUUUGCCCGUGAACAUACUCUUCCUUACCCCGCUCACCUUGUUCCUCCCCCUCCUGCACCGGCCUCCGACGAUGAGGAGGGUGGGGAGGAUGCAGAUGUGCAAGGCCUCACCGAGAGGGUCAGCAUCCUCUGACCAGAGAGAGACAGAGGACUCAAGCAAAUUUAGGAAGGAGGAAAAAAGUAAGGAGAGGGAGGGAGGAUUGGCACGGUUAAUCUAGAGCCUGAAAGAGACAUGAAGAAAUAGCUUUUAGCUGUUUAGACUUUCACAGCACAUUUGUGUGCUUGCAUAUGAUUUUACAGCAAUACAUCUAGUUUCUGUCCUCACUUGAGGUCAUCAAAACUUAAUUCUGAUCACUCGCCUCGGCUGUUAUUGGUCCUCCUUUCAUAUAUUGACUCGUCGCACUCUUUCAAUGAUGAAGACUGCUCGACUCUAUUUGACAUCCUCUGUGCAGCUCACAUGGGAGGGAGUCUUCACAGAUGAAAUCAGACUUUAAAUAAUAAUUUCUCAGACGAAUGAAGAGCAGCAUGUUCUUUCCCUUCCACUGCAAGAUGCAUCAAAGUGAAGGAAUGAAGGAAUUGCCACUUUACCACAAGCGAUAAACAUAAGAAUUUGGUGCAGGUGUGUUUUUAUUAAGGGUGUAUUUCUAAACAAAUAGGUUUGUUUGAGUGAACAUUGAAAAUGAAACUGCCACCCAAUUAAAGAGAAGUAAUGUUUGUUUUUGGUGUCAUUUAAUUGGAUUGAUGGGAAUUACAGUCCCUUUUUACAUGUACAGUAUGUCUUCGGUAAAGGUCCAAUCUCUUUUCGGUGCUUUACAGUGACAAAAGGACUUCCUCUGUGCUGGUAAUUACUUAUGUGCAAGCAUGGAGUCAAACCCAUCUAUAUUCACAAAUGUAUUCCCAUUAAUGCAUGUCCUGUAGUGAAAGCUGGAGGUAUUGAUCUGGUGACGGCAAAUCCUCUGUUAAUCACCACUGGUUUUGAGCCAUAAUAGACUCUUAGAAAAUAUGUGAUUUAAAGAGCUCUUUGUGGGUUUAAAUGAUCUCUAGCAUGGGGCUGUUUAUUUCCGGAGUUACCCAAUCUCAUUUAUCUGUGAAGUCGAACAGUUGUGUAUUUAAAUUGUGAAUAACAUGUCCUUACAGUUGCGUGUACAAGAUUCACAAAGCUGGUCCGCCAAUGAAAGCAGAAUUUUUACACCAGAGCAGGUUAAUGGACACAGUUCUUUAGUUUACUGUUGUAAAGAAGAGACCUCUCCCUAUGAUGUAAGUGCAUAGACGGACAACUUGGGUCACUAAACUAAGGUUUGAAGAGUGCAUGAAGUCAUGUCAAUAUGUUGCAUUUUUCUGUGAAGUAGUAGAAUAUAAAAGUACAAUAUAAAACAUGCUGUAGUGAUGAUGGUUAUUAUACACGUGUAAUCGGAAGUUUAUAUAGUAGUUUAUAUUAUAUAGUCAAAUAUGCAUAGACUAUGUAUAACAUGUUUGAAGGAUAAUCCUAGCCUUGGUAACAGAUAAUACAAACCUUGAACAAU